GUGUCGGGUUUGAUGAGCCACUGUCGAUUCGGAGGAUGACCAUGUCAGAGUCCUCCUCCGAUCAGGAACUCGAAGUAGACGUUGAUGUCGACGUAGAAAACUCGGACCAGGAGCUCAACAUCAGCUUGGAAGAAACCGAAUUCAUAAAGAAAGCGCUCCUGAAGCAUCCUUUAUUUCCUCUCCUGGCGCUCCUAUUCGAAAAAUGUGAGUUAGCUACGAUGACUUGUGGAGCUGAACCCGAUAAUGAGAAAUUGGAGCGAGAGUUCAUGGAAUUCGCCCAGUCUACAAAGGAAUGGAGUGCGGGAGAAGGAAGCAUCGACCAGCUCAUGCUGGAGUCUCUUCAGGUUUUGAGGAUCCACCUUGGAGAGCUGCAAAAGGUCAAUGAGCUCUGCAACAACUUCUGCCAGCGAUACAUAAGAUGCCUUCGUGACAAAAUGCAUUCUUCAAAUCUUCUGAAGGACGCUCAUUUCGACGUCGAUGACUCCGACGACGAUCAACUCAGCAAUGGAAGCGCAGGCGAAACUGAGAAUUCCCAAGAGGCGAAAGCCGCGACGGUAGGACCACCUCCCAAGAAAGUCACUCGAUCCAUGUCGGUCAGUCGGAGCACUCCGAAUCCGAAUCAGAGCUCAAGUUCGACGAGGGGGGUUUUACCCAAGCAAGCCACGGAAUUAAUGAGAGCAUGGCUUUUCGCUCACAUUGUACAUCCCUAUCCCAGUGAGGAGGAGAAAAAAAUCAUAGCUCAACAAACAAAUCUAUCGUUAUUACAAGUAAACAAUUGGUUCAUAAACGCUCGUCGUCGGAUCCUGCAGCCCAUGCUCGACUCCCAAAACUCACAGAAAGCAUAGUCUUCCAAGAACAGAUAGUGACGCAUAACUUACUCGCCAAGCGCUGCUGACAUUCUCGACUCUCAAAUUGCGUUGGAAUCUCUCCUGAUCCGCUGUUUCACGCCUUAUAAUGGAAACUUAGAGAAUACACGCAUCCUGAGGGUAUCAGGAAGAAGAUGGACAGUGACGGAGACGCUCCUUGGAGAGCAGAGUGAUUCGGGUUGAGUGCUCAACCACCUCAGGGUCGAGUCGGCUAGUUUGAUGUUUGAGCACGGGCGCGACCCGCUCUUGUAAGCGUUCUACAACAUUCGUGUACGUGAUGAUCAUUGGUAUACAAUCGAAUCAAGUGCUGGUGAACGUCGUACAGUAGUUAAUUCCAUAGAUCUCAGAUGAUUCCUCGAUGGAGGCCUGAGCACUCCGACUCAGGGUUUGAAACCUCCUGCACAAACCUGUACAUAGAUGCUGUAUAUACUGGAAGCCACAACAACAUAGGCAAAAUAGUUACAAUAAAAAUUGAUCUCAAAUCUUAUCAGUUGACUAAAUGCAUCUCGUCCGUUGUCGACCCUCCCCCGCGUUAAAACUCCGCAUCCCUUGACUCGAGACAGUGUUCACCGUGACUCGUUACCGAAGAGUUAAGGGGAUACGGGCGGAGUCUCCCAUUCGUCCGACUCCAGCGUGGCGGCAUCAGCAUUCGAUGUAGCAGGUACCAUUGGAAUUUCAUGAUGUUAUUGAAGAACGUCAGCGCGAUCAGAAAGAUCUCAAAUAACUCCCCCCCCCCCUCCCUACGAUCGAUGGGAGGAGCGCUCCUGCGUUUCUCCUCUGAUCCGCGGAAGCCCAAGUGAGGCAGCGCUCCGAAGAUGUUCCGUCUCAUCACUAAAAACUCGCGCGGUUGUUUGCCCGAUACUCUUUAAUUCUUAUCCUAAAAUCUCAUCCCUAAACUAGUCAGAGACGAAGUAUCGCGAUCCGCCCGAGUUAAAUCGCCCAUUUUUCAAGGUUUCUCAUGAUAAUCCCACAGAUGAUCCCAAUAACGGAUCUGUGCGUUUUCUGCAUGAAGCUGUAGU